AUGUCGCGGCUCAGCUGGGGAUACGGCGAGCACAACGGUCCUAUUCAUUGGAAUAAAUUUUUCCCUAUUGCUGAUGGGGAUCAGCAAUCUCCGAUUGAGAUUAAAACCAAGGAAGUGAAAUAUGACUCUUCCCUGCGACCUCUUAGUAUCAAGUAUGAUGCAAACUCAGCCAAAAUCAUCAGUAAUAGUGGCCAUUCCUUCAGUGUUGACUUUGAUGACACAGAGGACAAAUCAGUUCUGCGUGGGGGUCCUCUCACUGGAAGCUACCGCUUGCGACAGUUUCACCUUCACUGGGGGUCUGCUGAUGAUCACGGCUCUGAACACGUGGUGGAUGGAGUGAGAUAUGCUGCAGAGCUCCAUGUUGUUCAUUGGAAUUCAGACAAAUACCCCAGCUUUGUUGAGGCAGCUCAUGAGCCAGAUGGACUAGCUGUCUUGGGAGUAUUUUUACAGUUUAUGAUUUAUCUAACAGCCCAGAACUACCUUAGAAGUAUUGUCUUACAUCUUCUCUUAUCGUCCAUUGAUCAUUUUUAUGUGAACAGAAACAGCAGCAGCCGCAGCCACAACAAUAGUAGCAGGAGUAACAACUGA